CGGUCUUCCUCAUCGUCCUUCCCCUUUCCACACCCAGCCUUUUGCACCGCCACCCUUCCGCCCUGAAUAUCUCUAACACACUCCCCUUUCUCCGCCUAUCUCACAGUUCUUCGCUUGCUCAACUUCUUCCUCCUCUCUCCCUCUCUCUCUCUACUGGCUCCCCAUCGUCGCCCUUCCCACUGUUCUCUGCCUCCAUUCCUCCUGCGUUAUUCGGUCACCGCAUCCUCCGAGUUCCAGUAACACUCGCCGAGCUGCGGGCGUUCAAGAGUAGCUGCCGAGUGCAGCUCCUCACUGACCAUCGCCAGCAGGACUGCGGGAGGGGCUCGGUCAGGUUCGGCAGGGCAGCCGGCGAGGGUGCUUCACGUAGCUGUUGCUUCUGAGACAUUAGGUGUCUGGAUCUGCGAUGGAUAGAGAGGGAUCAAAACUCCACGAAAACCAUGAAACUUCCAAAGAGAAUUGUUCAUUGCUCACUAACAGUCAAACUUCCCUUUCACCAAGUGAUCAACCUACAGAAGAUGGAACAGGUAAAGUUAUCAGUCCCAUACCAGAACAGAGAAAAGAUGCCACAGUACAGUCAGACCACUCACCACAGCCUUCAAAAGAAACAUCAAAAAAAGACGACCGCUGUGCCCAAUGCCUGUUAGCCUGCCUAUUUUGUGAACUGCUGUUCCUGUGCAAAUCUAUCCUUGAAACUACAUCAUGUGGCAGAUUCAAUACGUGCAGUUGCUGUGCUGAAUAUUUGGAAAACGACAAUCUGACUUGCUGUACGGAUUGUGAGGACCUGGAAGAAAGUUGUGUAAAUUCUGAUUGUAUUGGGAUUUGUUCUGAAUGCUGUGGCCUCUGUUUUCCUUCAUGAUCACUGAAGAGAAAACCUUUGAUCUGUGUGCUUAGUCUAUAUGCUGAAUCUUGAAGUUUUGAAAUACUUUUUUUGAAAAAUAAGAAGGCAGUACAUUCAUGUGUACAAAUAAAGCAGAUUACAAAUGCACAUCUCAUGUAACUUUAAUACCAUUAAACAGCAAAACAAUGCCCUCCGUAAAUGUACUAUUGCAUGUUUCAAUUUAAUGUGCAUUAUUUCUGCCUUUGUUUUUAAAGUCACAGGAAUGUAGAUAUUUAAUGAAGGUAUUAAAGCAUCAACAAAUUAAUGUACUAAUGUUUAAGCACUAAAUGUGAGUAUGCUUUGAAAUACGUAUUCCAAUUAAAAUUAAUUACUAAUCACUUGCAAAUUUAGGAUGAUUUCCUUGAUAGCAUGAAAGAUGUAAUAUAGUUUAAAAUGAUACAAAUGAUAUUCAUAAUCAAAUUGCAGCCAUUUGUAAAUAUUCAAAAGCAAUGUAACAAGUUUGCUUGCGAUGUCACUCUCAAG